AUGGCGUCAGAUGAGCGCCAUGACUUGCCGCGAAAGCUGCUAGAGGCGACGCAGGAGGGCAAUUUUGAGGAGGUCUCUCGACUGCUUAACGCAAAGGCUGACCCCAACACGCAGGACGAGGUAGGAGAGACACCGCUUUUCGAGGCUGCGGCUGUGGGAAACUCCGAGAUUGUGUCUUUGCUGCUGCUAAGCUCAGCAAAUCCAAACCACACCUCGCAGCAUGACAUGGUGGCAAGGUUCUCGGGUGUGCGAGAGGUGGAUCCGCAAGAGAAAGAGGCGGCGGUCUCCACGUUGUCAACACCCCUUCAGCUGAGGGUGCUGGAGCACACGUCUCAGGUGGUAGCUUCCAGCUCUGUGGUGGGCGAAGAACAACCUUCGAAACUGGAGGAACAGCCGGAACCACAAUCAGUGCUGGAAACAGAGCAGUGUUCUGGCGAAGCUCACGUAGAAGGCCCGGAGCCAGCCGCAAGCGCGGACCCUUCACCCGUGGCAGCUGAAGUCCAGUUGGACGGCAUGGCCGAAACAGCUGGGGAAGUGCCUGAGGCCAAGGAGCUGCAGGAAGAGCCUACGGUAGAGACCACCUCAGCUGCAGAACCUGAACCAGCCGCACCAGGAGUUGAAAAGGAAGAAGACAAACAGGAAAGCUCUACCAUCCUAGCUGGCGCUGGCGAUUCUUCUGAUGGCGGACCUCUUGUGGCCGAGCCCUCCAAGCCUGAUGAGGUGCUGAACGAAGCAGACCCCAAAGUUCCAGAUGGAGAGACACCCUCAAAGCCUGCAGAGGGCCCAGAGGAAGAUCUUUCCAAGGAGCCAGGCUCAGAAGAACCUGUGCAGCGAUCCUCUCCACAUGUUAUUGAACAUUCGCCUCUAGUGGCAGUUCGUAGCCAGCCAUGGAUGCAGAGUGCUGUGAUUGGCCAUCUGCGUCCUGGCCAGAAGGUAAAUUUGGGGGAGUGGGAUGCCACGCAGCAGUGGCGACGUAUUGUCUCUAUUGAGAUGGAGCCUGGCUCCAACCAGGCCGCUCAGGAGGGCUGGUUGCCGGUCUGGCAUCCAACCCUUGGAUCCUUGGUGAGACUGACUGGUGCCGAGGCCUUCCCACCAAAGCGUGAUUUCGAUCGGCAGCUGCCAGGCCCCUCCGUUGCAGAAGUGUGGCAGGAGCUGUAUAGCAAUGGCUGUUUGGACAUCCCUCCGCCAGAACGAACGGAGAGUGGAGGGACUUUGGCCGCCAAGGCUUUGAUGGAAGUCAUGACCUUGGGCAGAGCCCAGACGCCAGAAGGAGAGAUGGCCUUGGCCUCCUUGGACCCUGCAACCGUAGAGCACGUCAUGAAGGCCGCCAUCCAGCAUUUACGUGACAUUGGCCGGCCGCUGGAUUAG